AUGAAAAAGACAACUCUAAAUUAUUCAUGUACAAAUUUAUUCUAAAAGUAAAACUAAUUUGACAAUGUCAAUAUUGGUAUUUUCAUUGACAAAGAAAACUCCUAUGCUGGAUUGCAAAAGAAGAAGAAGCUUCAAAAUAGAGACACAACCAAUCAAACCUAGCAAAAGACAGAUUUAAGAUCAAAUAGUGCCUUAUAGAAAUCAUCAUCACUCUCUUAAUUUUAUCGACCUUCAUCCUCAAAUGAUAAACAUUCUUAUUAACACUAGAAUACAUAUGCAUACUUAAAAGACAUGAAAAACUAAUCAUGUACUUAGUAACUUUAGUAGAGUAGUUAUUAGAAGCGUCACACUUCCUCUAAACAAGUCAAAGAACACAAUUCUAAAUAAGUCUAAUACCCUUAUAAUAUUUAAUUGAGAGUAAAUUCACUUGAGAUUUAUGAGGACAAGAAGCUUAAACUUAAAUUGAUGAAGAGUAGUUUAGAAAAACAACAAAAUCUGAAAUCAAAAGAUUACUCAGAAUUUAACAAUUAAUAAAUUUAGGACAUUAAGACAGAAAAUUAAAAAUACUAAGGAUUAUUGGCUAAAUACUUUCAAAUUAAUUAACAUAAAAGUGCUGAUGAGAAGAAACAAUCAAAAGAUGUAAAACAAAUUUAUAAUAUGUAUCCUUAAAUCAAAGAUAUUAAACAUUGCUAUACAAAUUCAUUAAAAUAAACUCAAGAAAAGAAGAGAGGGCAACUUUAGGAAUUUGUAACUUAAUUAAAUGUAGACACCUUCAGAGAUACAUAAAAAUUAUAAAUGAGUAAUACUCUCAUCAAAUCUGAUAGAUAAAAAUUGAAUGAUGUCAAAUCAACCCACUUAAACAAAAUUAGUGUGACUUAAGAAAAUGAACCUUUUCUAUAUUACAUAUCUUCAGUUAUAUCAGCAUUAAACAUCAAGGAAUAAAAUAAAUAUGACGAGAAAGUAAGGGAUCACCUUGCCUAAACCUACUAAGGGUUAUUGUUUGCAGGUCAAUUUGAUUUGAAUUUUGAUGAGGAUAAAAUAGUAAGUCUUCCAAGAUCGAAUAAUUUAAAAACUAUUGUUUUUGAUUUAGAUGAAACAUUAAUUCAUUGUAAUGAAAAUGCAUAGAUUCCUGGAGAUGUCAUCCUUCCUAUUACAUUUCCAAAUGGUGAAACUGUUCAAGCUUCAAUAAAUAUUAGACCUCAUGCUUAGAAAGUGCUAUAGACACUCUCUAAACAUUUUGAGAUCAUCAUCUUCACAGCUUCACAUUCUAGUUAUGCCAACAUUGUGAUUGAUUAUUUGGAUCCCAAAAGAUAAUGGAUAUCUCAUAGACUGUUCAGAGAAAAUUGUGUAUAGACACCUGAAGGGGCCUACGUUAAAGAUUUAAGAGUAUUAGGAAAUCGGAAAUUAUCGAAUGUACUUUUAGUAGAUAAUGCUUCUUAUUCUUUUGGUAAACAGAUUGAGAAUGGAGUACCAAUCAUCUCUUUUUACGAUAAUUAUGAUGAUUAGGAGUUGUUACAUUUAUAAAACUAUUUGUUGAGUUUUAGACACGAGAAGGAUGUGAGAGAUUUAAAUUAAAGAAUGUUAAAAUUAAAUUAAUUUAUCAAUUAUAAAGAGUUAAAGGAACUACUGUAAGGUUUAUUUGAGAUGUACAUUUGA